GCGCCUCAGUAGUGGUGCAGCCUCCUCCUCUUCUGUCUCCCCUCUGGGGCCACUAGGGUUGGUAUCGGCCCUCCCUUCUCUGGGCCGGGGGCUCCUUCGUUUUAGUCGGAGUCCGACUCUGCGCCGGCUGCGUCUCUACUUAGUCCUCUUCCUCCUCCUCCUUCUCCUCCUUCUCCUCUUCCUCCUCCCCCUCCUCCCCCUGCCCCUCCUCCUCCUCUACAGCCGCCGCCUCAUCCUCCUCCUCCUCCUCCUCCUGCCCGGCCGCUGGUCUAUGCCCCACCCCUGAGCCCGCAGCACUCCGCGACAUGUCCACCCCGGCUCGGCGGCGCCUCAUGCGGGACUUCAAGAGGCUGCAAGAGGACCCCCCUGCCGGGGUCAGCGGAGCCCCGUCGGAGAACAACAUUAUGGUGUGGAACGCGGUCAUUUUCGGGCCCGAGGGGACCCCUUUUGAAGAUGGCACAUUUAAACUUACAAUAGAAUUCACAGAAGAAUAUCCAAACAAACCACCUACAGUAAGAUUUGUCUCUAAAAUGUUUCAUCCAAAUGUCUAUGCAGAUGGUAGUAUAUGCCUGGAUAUACUUCAGAAUCGUUGGAGUCCAACCUAUGAUGUUUCCUCCAUUUUGACAUCCAUACAGUCUUUAUUGGAUGAGCCUAAUCCCAACAGUCCAGCAAACAGCCAGGCUGCUCAGCUAUACCAGGAGAACAAGCGAGAAUAUGAAAAGCGAGUUUCGGCAAUAGUAGAACAGAGCUGGCGUGAUUGUUGACCCAGGACGAUACAAACGAACAGUCUGGUCAUAAGGAAAAAAUUCUGUCUGUCCCCUGCCUUCUUUUCCCAUUAGCAUCAUUACUUUUAUUUUGUUGAAAACAAAACAGCUAUGAUGCUGUUGCCACCCUUCCUUGCUGAAGCUUUCUUUCUUCCCUCCCCUUCUGACAUCCAAGAACACCUACUACAAAGUCAAAUGUAUUGUACUUGGGUUACUUGUAAAAGAAUUACUAAUACUGAAUUCCUUUUCUGUGGUACUUCAUCUCCAAUUUUAGGAUAGUAUCGUACGUUAAAUGUACUUUCCACUAAGCUUUUAAAAUGAUAAUGGUUAUACAAAGGGGUACUUAAUUAUGUAGCCUGAUAACAUAUUUCUAUGCACACAUGCACAUUUAAAAAAAAAUGAAUUGAUUAAAGUGAUGGAAAAUUAGUCCAGGCUGGUCUUAGGAGCAUGAGUUUAAAGCACUUACUCUACCUACAGAAUGUUCUCACUUAGAAUGGAAAAACUUGAUUCCCUGUAAAAUGAUCCAUUUAUAAAGUUAGUCUGGGCUGUUCCUAGGAGAUGGUAGGUUAAUGACAGGAAGGAAAAUGUUAUUAAAUAGGAAUAUUGCUUAAAAAAGAAAAACACAAAUCCCACCCACUCACAUUUUCAGGUAUUAACUAGAGCUAUAACUGUGGUCUAGUAACUAGGUAUGACGUUGAAGGGAAGAUCUGUAGAUUUUGAGGCAGCGAAGUAAAGAAACUCCCACUCUGGUUUUUACGCUGGUGAGAACCAGAGAUCCAUUAUUGAUUUUGGAGGAAUGAAGCUGUCCCUAUGGUUUUUUUCUCUGUCUCUCUUUGGAGUUUAAAUUACCCAAGGAACGAAGUACCUCUUGGCAAAAAGCAUCUUGCUUCACACUGGCCCAGUCCAGAGCUACAUACGAAGUAGUAUGUUUUAGUCCCUUUAGAUUCAUGAGAGCCUCCCUCUUUUUGGUUCAAAGUCCAGACACCUUCAGGCUAAGGCUGUCCGGACUUUUUGAUCAAUGAUAACCUUUAUCAUGACAGUGUGGGGCACGGCUUCUAAAUGUUCUGUUUACGUCCAUUGUCAUCUUUCAUGCAGCUCAGUCUGUUCAAGUAAUUUUGCACAAGUAGCCCAUGUAAAAAGUGUACAUUUUCCCAGAAAUUGUAAAUAAAAAGUAACCUUAAAUUUACAGGCAAGUUCUCCCAGUUCUAUUUUUUUAGCUUAAUAUGACUUAACAGUGGCCUAGUGAUCAGAAAGUUAGCAGAGUCUUGGUACCUUCCCAAGAGCCCAGUUAUUGCUUACAAUCAAUACCAACAUCAAAAUGUGACAUUUCUUUUGGAAAGGGGAAAUUAUUAUAGAGAUUUUUAAAAAAUAAUGUGGACAGACGAAUCUUAGAGAAUGUAAGCUGUCAGCAUAAAAAUAUAUUAGGUGGGGAGAGAGUGUGUAAAAUCAAUCUGCUAGGCUAAAAAUGCAAGCAAACUCUAAUCUUACAUAAAGCUGGGACAACAGGGACAUUAUUCCAGGAAAGUAAGACUUUUUUCUUCAGUCUAUCUUGUGUUCCUUUGGUGGACACUGCCACUAAAGUACAUAUGGAUUCUCAAAGGUCUUGGUGCAGUUUUAAGCUUUAAUUGCUUAACAUACUAAGUUUUAUUUUCACAAUCAUAGGCAUAAAUGCCAUCAUUUCAGUGAAACUGAAGGCCUGGAGAGUUGUCUGGAAACCAUGAGACAAGGCCCCAGCGCCUCUAAGAAGCCAUAUAAACAGAUAGGUGGCAUAGUGCCUAGAGCACUGGGCUUGGAAUCAGGGAGACUCAUCUUCUGGAGUCCAAAUCUGGCCUCAGACACUUGCUGGCUGUGAGACCCUGGGCAAGUCACUUAACCCUGGUUGCCUCAGUUUUCUCAUUGGUAAAAUGAGCUGGAGAAGGAAACUGCAAACCAUUCCAGUUAUCUUUGCCAAGAAAACCCCAAAUGGGGUCACAGAGGGUAGGACACAACUGAAAAAACGACUGAACAAACAAUAAGGGUUAUCGGAGGCCUACUCUAUAUACCCUUUGAGAGAGUGGCAGCUGGUAAGUUAUACAUCCUUCAUACUAUACGUGAUAGGACUGUAGUGUUGCUACAGAAACUUGCUUUUCACUUUAAAUACUUAAAUAUGAAAAAAAAGGUCGUAAGGAAGUUUGAGAAAUCUACAUAUGCCAGGAAGCAAGUUGCCUUUUGCUGCCUUUAUUUACAUCAAAAAGCCAAGAUCAAUCGAUCACCAGCUUCACAGCCACAAACUAAUUCCAGAUAUUCUCUUGCAUAUGAAAAUUUGGGGUGGGCCUGGAGGAGAAUGUCAGUAAUAAUAAGUGUGGUGGCACAUGGGCAAAAAUCAUGAUUUAGGGUGAGGCACAGCUCUGAAAUAUUACAAACAAAUGAAGUUAAUAGCAACUAAUGCUUUUGUAACUCUUAAGUAUUUUGGUGGCUGCUGCUGAUAGUCAGAUUUGGUGGAAAAUUAGGACCCUUCCUCAUUGCAAACUGUAUUUGCGCCAUACUACUACUAAAAAUAAUUUCUCACAUUUCUGUAGUGCUUUCCUCACAGCCCCUGAGUGAUGUAGGGAAGGUGUAAUCUGAUUUUCAGCCCCAUUUUGUAGGGGACCAAACAAAUUCAGAUGUCAAGAGGGUCACAAGCAGCACCUCCUACUUCCAAGAUGAGCGUUCAUUAGACUGAGCUCCUAGAGGGCAGGAACUGGCUUUUGCUUCUUUUUGUAGCUCCGGUGAUUUAGCACAGUCAGUACCUGGCACAUGAUAGGCGCUUAAUAUUAAGUGGUUUCUUUUUCUUUUUUGUUUUUGGAGGGGGGAAGGCAGGGCAAUUGGGGUUAAGUGACUUGCCUAAGGUCACACAGCUAGUCAGUGUGUCAAGUGGUGAGGUCGGAUUUGAACUCAGGUCCUCCUGACUCCGUACUCUAUUCACUGCACCACCUAGCUGCCCCUAUUAAGUGGUUUCUUUUACACCAAUCAGAGAAGAGGGAAGAGAUCAAUAGCCAAGAUGUUUCAUUUAGCUUAAAAGCAGAGUUGGAAUAAUUGCUGUUACCUUUCCUGUUCCUAAUUCCUAGCAUCUUAAAGCUCAAAGCAACAAAUCAGGACUACCUUCCUGUCCUAGAACAUUGGGACACAGAGGAAAAACUCAAAAGUUGUUUCUUCUAAAUUCCCAGACACUUUGAUUCAGAAACCCAACAUUUUAGCAAAAAGGCAAAAACAGAAACUUGUUCUACUCACUGAACAAACACAACUACAAGAUGCCUUUAAGAUUCUUAGCCAUGGCAUUAAGGAAUAAUGUUCACUAGCUUUCUACAGAAAAUACAGAAGCCAAUCCUGCUCUUAGCAAAUAGUGAAACUCACUUUUGUUUUCUUCCUAUCAGAAAGGGUAGAAGGGGGGGAGAUCAGAUCCUCUGGAAGGGCGGUAGUUAGUUAGGACGAGGACCACACAGGACAUGGUAGGUAUGAAUAGUAACUGAAUAUAUUCAUCUGCAAAAAAAAGUAAAAAAAAAAAAAAAAGUAAAAACAACCUAAAAUGGAGUAGCAACUUUUGACAAAGCACGAAAAGUUAGCUAGAUACACAACAGUCUUACACUAAAGACCAUUAUGGUGCUAUUUUAGAUUGACACCUAGUCGUUCUGAAUGAUACUUCACCUCUGUUAUUCAAAUUACGUGGUUAAGAUUACAACAUGUAAUGAGUCCAAAAAAGAAAAAAAAGCAAGUUUCAAUAAUGGCCUGGAUACAUCGCCUCAACCCAAAGAGAAAAUUCUGUGAUGGAUACUUCCAAGGAUAAAUGGUCAUUCUGGUCCAACUUGUUCAAGUGUUAUGCUAUCUUAAUGCUUCAAAGACCACCUGUCCACCAUUUCCCAGGUGAGCUCCUGCUGUUUUUUUAUGGUAUUUACCACUCAGAAAACAUUCCUUCAGCAAUAUGUGAAAGAUAAAAGGCUGGAGAUACGGUACAAAUUGAUCUUUUAAGGAAGGGGUGUCCAUUUGCUUCAUGGUUAUCUGUGAAUAUGUAAUAAGUACAAAUAAUUCAACUUUACUUUCUUGAACUUUGAUUUUUAGCAUAUUAAAAAAUCCUUUCUAUGGUUCUCAA